AUGAUCUGUGAGAAUGAGACCAGUCUGAAUGAGUUCAUUCUGGAGGGGUUUUCAUAUCUUGCCGAACUGCAAAUCUUGCUGUUUUUUGUUUUUCUGGUGACAUACAUAAUCACCUUGCUGGGAAACAUGCUCAUUAUUCUGCUCAUAAAACUCAACCCUUCUCUUCAGACUCCCAUGUACUUCUUUCUGGUAAACCUAUCUUUCUUAGAAAUGUGUUACACCACUAGUGUGGUGCCGCAGAUGCUGGUACAUUUGUUAACAGAGCAUAAAAGCAUAUCCCUAGCAAGAUGUGCAGCCCAGAUGUAUGCCUUUGCCAUGCUGGGGCUGACAGAAUGUUGCCUCUUGGCAGCUAUGGCAUAUGACCGCUAUGUUGCCAUAUGCCACCCAUUGCACUACACAGAAAUCAUGAAUCACCAAGUCUGUACACAGUUGGCAGCCGCAGCGUGGAUUAUUUGCUUCUUGGUACAAGUUGCUCAAACAGCAUGGAUCUUCAGCUUACCCUUCUGUGGUUCUAAACACAUCCAGCACUUCUUUUGUGAUAUCCUACCAGUGAUGAAAACGGCAUGCACAGACACCUACAAAAAUGAGAUUCUUGUCAUGGCAGUGUCUAUUAUUUUCAUCAUGAGUCCUUUCCUGCUCAUCCUCCUCUCCUACAUCCAUAUAAUUUCAACCAUCCUCAAACUUCCUUCUGCUAAGGGAAGGAGAAAAGCCUUCUCUACUUGCUCCUCACACCUAAUGGUGGUGACAUUAUUCUAUGGGUCAGGCCUCUUCACCUACUUAAUGCCGAAGUCUAGCCAUACUCCACAGAGUGACCAAAUAAUUUCUCUUAUGUACACAGUUGUCAGUCCAUUUUUGAACCCCAUAAUAUAUACCCUAAGAAAUAAAGAAGUGAAGGGAGCAUUUAAGAAGACAGUUUCACGGUUGUUCUCUGUACAGAACCCAACAAGUUGA